UGAUAAGUCUGUUAUAUACAAACAUGGCAACGGAAGAGAAACCUCCGCAAGAUGCAACUCGUCGACUUCAACCUAAGAAACAAACAUUAGAUGAUGCAUACGCCGCUCCGGCAAAUUUUUUAGAAAUUGAUGUUCUCAAUCCAAUUACACAUGGUGUUGCACGGAAACGGUAUACUGACUACGAAGUUAGAAUGAGGACAAAUUUGCCUGUCUUUAAAAUGAAGGAAUCAAGUGUAAGAAGACGCUAUAGUGACUUUGAGUGGCUGAGGAAUGAACUAGAGAGAGACAGCAAGAUUGUAGUUCCACCUUUACCAGGCAAAGCUUGGAAAAGGCAACUUCCAUUCAGAGGCGAUGAAGGGAUCUUUGAUGAAGAAUUCAUUGAAGAAAGGAAAAAAGGACUUGAAAUGUUUAUAAACAAAGUUGCUGGUCAUCCAUUGGCACAGAACGAGCGCUGUCUACAUAUGUUUCUUCAGGAUCCAGAGAUUGACAGGAAUUACGUGCCAGGCAAGAUAAGAAACUCAUGAGGGGAAGCCAGCUUAUUGAACUAGCUGGUCUAUUUAAUCAUAACACCAUAUUUGUCUGAAGUGGACAAAUCCAUGACUUGUUAGGAAAUUCCUCUUUGGUUCAUCAUCCUGUGCUUUCUAACUUUACAGUUGUUGUUGUUAACAUUGUUUGCAACUGUCAAAAGUAAUGUUGAAGAAAUAUUUGAAUUCUUAACGUGCAAGUCAAGAAUUAUUCAUAUUCACACACGUAUAUAUAUUUAUAUAUACAGGUUGCCCAGUGGCAAUAGAUCCUAUGAAUUAGAAAGUUUAUAAUUUGCAUGCGUGUUCUUAGUCUUGCUUUUUUUGUAAAUUUUGUUUAAAGUUUUAUAAUUGGAUUAAAAAACAACAACAAAAGUUUACAAAUAAAUGCAAGUCCUCACAACAAACAAAAGUUUAUAUAAUUUUAUGGUUAUGUUUUGUAUCUGUGACCUUUAAUAUAUUCCUCCCAUUUAUUUCCAUUAUUGUAUAAUAAAACCAUGUGCAUAGUCUGUAUUUAGAAGAAAAGACAGAAGCUGUUAGUAAUUUUUAGAAAACUAUACUUCUAAUAUUUUUACUUUUAUUUUUCUUCUCUCAAAUCAUAAUAAGUUGGAUUUUAAUGCUGUGUGUCAGGUAAUAGAAAUUUAUUUGGAAGGAUUUAUUUAGAAGAAAAGACAGAAGCUGUUAGUAUGUUUUAGAAAAGUAAAGUAUAGUUUUAAUAUUUUACUUUUUUUUCCUGCUCUCAAAGCAUAAUAAAUUGAAUUUUAAUGCUGUGUAUCAGGUAAUAGAAAUUUGUUUGGUAGAAUUUAUCUCAUUGUCUUAAAAAAGUGUACAUUUGCACCCAAAAUAUCUAAGAUAAAUAAAUUAUACAUGAGUUUUGCUUAUACUA